UGGGAAGCUUUACCAUAUUCUUUUGUUUUUGUUUUUGUUAAUUGAAAUUUAAAGCUGAAUUUUCCCUUUGAAAUCCCAAAAUAAAAUUUAAAGAAGAAAAAAAACCCCUAAGCAGAAGCAAAGAAAACAAAAACAACCACCACAACAACAUUAACAUCAUCAUCAAUCAACAAUACAAUAGAGAGACUGGCAUUAGCUUGUGGUAACGCUCAUCGCCUUAUCGGAAGGCGAAGGUCAGUCAAAUCUCUUGAAUUCGAUCUCUGUUCCGCUAAUUUGAAUCUGUUCCUGUUCCCAAAUUUCCUGUUUUUUUGUUUUCUCUUGUUCGGAGAAAAAAAAAUGCUUCUGGUUUGGCAAAUCAAUACCUGUUGAGUAGUUUUUGUUUUUGUGUUUUCGAAAAUUUUUUUUUUUUUUUGGGGUGCUGAAAAUGUUUUUCUUUCUUUCUUUCUUUCUUUCUUUGAUGAUUUUGAGUUCAUAAUUUUCCGUUCCUGAGAGAGCGGUUGAAAGGAAAACCAAACAAAAGAAAGGGAUGUUUCUGAGUUGGUGUUCUCAUUUUUGAUGAUGGAAGAGCGGACCCAGCUCAACUGAGUCGAGUUGAGUCGAGGGUUGAGAUUUUUUUCCUCACAUUUUGUCAGCCGCCAAAGGGAAUUCUUGUCUUGUGCAUUGGGAUUCAGGGAUAAUUUUGCUGCAAUCAUGAGAUACAAGAGAGGUAUUAAAGUGGAGGUAUUAACACAGAAGGAUGUGCCAUCCGGAUCUUGGCGCAGUGCUGAAAUAAUCAGCGGUAAUGGACACACCUACGCUGUUAGAUAUGAUGCCCAUGUGGGCUCAACUGAUGAGGCAGUUGUCGAAAGGGUAUCGAGGAAGUCCAUCAGGCCUUUUCCCCCGCCUAAGGAAUUUUCAGAGAAUUGGGUUCCUGGUGACAUUGUGGAGGUGUUUGACAAUUUCUCCUGGAAAAUGGCGACAAUUUCAAAGGUUUUAGAUAGGAAAUUCUAUUUGGUUAGGCUGCUUGGAUCCGUCUGGGAAUUUAAAGUCAAGAAGGUUUACAUCAGGGCAAGAUUGUCAUGGCAAGAUGACAAAUGGGUCGUGAUUGGGAAGGGUUCUAGAAAUUUUCAAGAUGGCAAACAGACUAAGAAGUCUACUCCAAAGUAUAGUAAGAGCUCCCAAGUUCAACUAAUUGAAGCAGUGAUGAAUCCUCGUGCAAAAGGCGAUUGUGUUUCUGUUAAGAACAAGAUGUAUGCCCAGGAGAUGCAAACUGUUUAUAUGCGAACUCUGAAGAGAAGGAUGCCAGAUUAUGAUUCUCCGAUUGAGCCAUAUGCAGGAGCUGCCCAGAAGUUUAGAGUCACAGAGAGAGACGGUAGGCGGCUUCGAGUAAUUGCUGCAUAUCCAACCUCAUUACCUGAAAAGGUAGAUGCUGUUGCUUCCACACGAGAAAUGCUGGCUGAAAAACAAAAAAAUGCUUCUUUUAACAACAGAACUGGGUUUUCUGAAAUGGAUGUGGAGAGGUUGAAACCAAAUGGUGCUGUGGGGAGUUCAUUUGCAAUAAGCUUAGAGCUUAAUGAUGCUGAUAGUGUUACAUGCUCUGUUGGUAGUUGUAGUACUUCUAGUAACAUUCCCUAUGAGUUGCCUUCUCAUUCUUUCAUGGGUCCUGAAGAAGAUAUUGAUGGUAAUUUUAGUGAUGCUGAAUCUUUUUGUCGUUGGGGGAAUGAGGAAGGGGAGUUUUUCCUUCCCACAGAAGAGGAAUUGGCGGCAGAAAUUCAUAGGUUAGAGUUGCAUGCCUACCAUUGCACUAUGGUGGCAUUGCAUGCAUUGGGACCUCUAAGUUGGGAACAAGAAACAUUGGUGACAAACCUUCGUCUUUCGCUCCAUAUAUCAAAUGAUGAACAUUUGAUGGAGCUUAGAAACUUGGGUUGUACAGAUAGCAGCAUUCCAAUUAGAUGAUAGGAAGGAAGGCUUUAGGAUUUUUUGUCUUUUCUUUUUCUUCUAUAGGACCGCUUUCAAUUGAUCAAAUUGCCUUGCACAAUUAUAAAGGCUGGAUGAAAUGAUGUUUCCAUUGUGCCUAUUUUGGUUGAACAAUUUAUGGUCGUGUAGUUUAAAAUAUCUGUAUCAAAAACUCUUGUCAAGCAAUGAAUAUUCUCAGCUCAUUUUCAUGUA